AUGACAGAUGAUGCUGAUGCAGACAAUAGUGCCAUCGACAAAGCGAGAUCUUCGAUCGAUUCAACAUCGGAAGGAGAUGAUGCAUGUAGUGUAACGGAAGAAAAAACUAUAAGUCGUAAAUUAUUGCGUACACCAAAAUGUGCAAGAUGUCGUAAUCAUGGUGUAGUCUCUUGUCUAAAGGGUCAUAAGAAGUAUUGUCGUUGGAAAGAUUGUACAUGUGCAAGUUGCUUACUGGUAGUUGAACGACAACGAAUUAUGGCGGCUCAAGUGGCGUUAAGACGACAACAAGCAACAAAUCAAAGCAAGAAGGCGACUAAUAGUACAAAAUGUAAAACAUCAGCAAUAUUAUUAGAACAAAAACGUUUAGCUGUACAACGCAAUCUUCGUCAACUGCAAGAAAGUUCAAUAACUCGCGAUGUAAUCAAAAAUUUAAAAGCUAGAUUGCCGCAUGGAAAUGACAAUAAUCGAUUUAGUCAACCUAUUUUAAAUGAUCGAUUACGAAAACGACGUUGUUUUGCUGAUAAAGAAUUAGAAGCACUCACAAUAAAACCUCAUGAACAUUAUCCUCUAAUUUAUCCAUCCCCUAAUUUGACACAAAUGGGUGCAACACACGUCGAUCGAUCACAAAUUCCUAAUUCAGAAUGCUCCUAUUUACUUUCACGUACUAAUGAUAAAGCUUUGUCUAACGUUCCGGUGAUUAGUGCAUUUCGAAUAACGAAAUCUCGAACACCAACGUUGCAUUUAAUCGACAAUAUGAUUGUUAUGAACUCGCUCUGUAAAAUGACUACGCCAUGUUCCUCGCUACGUCUUCGUUCGUCAACAACAGCAGAAACAACCGAAAAUAUCGAUGAAAAUAGAAAUGGACAAACGAACAAUCAAAAAAAACUAACAGAUUUCUCCGUAUCAGCUAUCAUUGGUGGUAAAGAGGAGCAGAGUUGGACUAUGGUUUAA